UGUAAGAUGUAGAGAGCGGGGAAAUGCUGUCUGCCACGGGCACUGUACGGGCUGCCACCUUCACCACUGUUCCGCUCAAAAUACCUCUGGUAUAGGUUGGAGAGGACAUUAUUUCAGUAGAGCAAGAGCAAUGCGAGUACCAAACAGUUAGGCCGUGAGCUUUAUGACGAUGCGAAGUGUUAUUAGGACACGAUUUGCUUUCCGUGUUUAUCAAAGUAGUUUAAAGAUCUAAAUUGUUUAAUUUAGUUGGGAUUACAACACACAAUGUCAAACAAUUGACGAUUCACAUCCGCUUUGUCUGCUAUUGUCGCCUUACGAGCUAGGCAUGCAGUAUUGCCUUUGUUAGUUUUAGUAAAUUUUGUUUUCGCCAACAUUCGACAUCAGCUGUUGAACUAAGGUGUUCAGAAAAUUGUGUUUAUUAUCGUCGCGUUUUCCUGUAAUGUAUGCAUGUGUGAAUGCUUGAAAUAAACAAGAGGAUCUGUAAUUAUAUAUGCAUUGGGUUAUAGUACCGUGUACGUUAUUGCAAGUGGAUCUAAUUUCCUAAUCAUCUACCCUGAACGCUGGGAAGAAAGAUAUGAAGAACCGAACAUGAAAACUAAUUUCCAUGUUCAUGGAGGUUUGGUUUCAAUAUUACUGCUUUUUGUUAUUGUACUGAAAAUUACCAGUGCUCCUUACCUCGCU